CAAGUAAAGCAUCAUGGCGAAUAUCGACAAAGGACGCAAUAAAUGGGAAAAUGCUUCGCAAGAUGAGUUACAUGAUAUGAGGUACAAGGAGGACACAAAAACUGGACGGAGGGGAAAACCACAAGUAGAGAUCUACCGUCCAGGAAGUGGUCCGCUUCGGAAAACUGGACAGGGUGAAGAUGAUUUGCUGGGUGCCGACGACAACCACAAGAUAAAGUCUUCCACAGAAAAUCUGCAUCUUUCAAACGCUUACGACAACAUGAAGUAUGAUUCUAGAAGACUUAGUUUUUCUUCUUCACAGGAACAGUUGGAUAAAUCUUUCAAGCCAAACAGUGACCGUAGUGAGCACAUAAAUUCUGUUAGAAAUCCUAGAGACUUAAAUAAAAUUACUGAAAGAAUUGGUAAUCUUAAUAUAUCUCAAAAUCAAUCCGGUAAUAGAUCCAGGAGAAACAGUUUGGAUCAUUCCUCAUCCUCAGAUCCAAAAACCUUGGGUGGAGAAGCAAAAAGGAAACUGAAGAAACCAGAACAAGCAAUUUAUGUGCCAAAGCCGUUAGCCCAAGCAUAUGCAGAGAGAGAUUUAUCCAACAAGUCUCCUGUGGAUGUGAAUGACAAAAUUGUUUCUAAUAGCACAAAAGAAGAAAACUGGGAUAAUGAACUUCAACAGCGUGAUCGGUUUAGUGAUGCAACAUGUGAUAGUUGGGAGCGUGAUAGUGUUUAUGGCCGCAGAGACAGUAUUAGACGGAAUGGCAAAUUUGAAAACGGUCGGCGUGUUGGUCAACGCCCUGCUCCACAAUGUGAUUGGAGAGCUGCAAAUCGUGAACUACGACAGACUUCAGAACCCCCGGCUUCUCGUUGGGGCGACAGGAAACCUCCUUCAGGACGACGGGGCAGUAAGGAUAGGCCUCACUUUGAAGGUGGAAAUCUACCUCCUAGGUUUCAGAAACUGAGAUCUGCUGAAAAUGGUGGAACGUCUUAUGGAUCAGUCGCUGCCACAUACACCCACCCACAGCCACAACAGGAACAUGCUACAGUGCCUCCUUGUUCUUCUCAGCAGUAUUGGUCUCACACAUUACCUCACACAAAAGGACGUGGUCGCCUGAGACCUGAGGAAGUAGAACGUUUUUCACGCUCUUUAACACCUGAUCGUUUAACACCUAGUCAAGUCUUCUACAGGACUCCGAGCCAGGAAAAUGUGGCACCUUUGCAACCUCCCACGCAGCCUUUUGCUUCAAGAGGAAUCACUCAGCCUCCAGCAUGGCUAGAACGCACAAACUGUACUCCUCCUCCACCAUCACCACCUGUUAGUGCCCAUGCACCUUCUUUGGGAUUGCCACGCUUCAGGCAGAUGAACGACCACAUGACUGGUAGUAAUUCGGGUUGGGAAUUGAGCACUGCUAAUAACACUAUUCCUGAACUUAACAACAGACUACAUGAACAGGAUCACAAGAUCACUGAAUCAUCAUAUAGGGUUUCUGAAACAAAUUAUACUGUACCAGAAGCUUCUUAUAAAGCUACAGAGUCAAGUUACAAAUCAAAUGAUGUGAACUUCAAGAUACCAGAUCCCCCAAAACGAAUAACAGACACAUUUUAUAAAGUGAAUGACUCAAGCUGUAGACCUGACGCCAGCUAUAAGACAGCUGAAUCUGUGUAUCGAAUUACUGAUAGUUACAAAGCUGGGGAUACAAGCCACAAUAACAUUGAAAUGAAUCACAGUGCACCAGAUAUUGGUUAUAAAGUGGUGGAAAGCAGCCAAAAAAUGUCGGAACCAAACUACAGACUUUCAGAGGUGAAUCAUCGAGUGGCGGACCCCAGUUACACUGUUAAGGAAGAUAAUCAUAGGACGACUGAUCCAGGCUAUCGGAUAUCAGAAGCAAACCACAGACCUGUUGAACUGAAUUAUAAAGAAACUGAUACAAGUAACCGUCACAAUGACUUAAGCCUUAAAAUGUGUGAGCACAAUCAGGUUGUUGAUAUGAACCAGAGAUUUUUAGAAUCUAGUCCGAGGGAAUCUGAAACAAAAUGUGAAGAUAAAAUUGGAAGAAUUGAAUCCACAGUAACAGAACCUCAGAGUAAAUCUCCAUCUCCUAAAACUUUGGAUUGGAGUGAAGAGGUGGAACGUGUGGCCCCAAUAAGUUCAGUGUUUCCACAAGACUGGGGAGAUGAAGUGGAACAGAGUGAACGUGAAGCUCAGCAGAUGGGCAGAAGUUCAUCAUUAGCAAGUCUUCUGCAUCCUGACAGUUCAGGUGGUGGAGGAGGUAGUGGGGCUACUGCACAUACAUCUUCAUCUUCUCGAAGCCGCAAGAAAAAAAGAUCACGCAGGAGUGUAAGCAGAGACAGAUUAUACAACCAUGAUGGUUUGGAUGACAAAAAUACCUUCACCACAGCUAGUGAAAGAAAUAGAGUAAGAGGUUCCAGUAAUGAACGGACUAGAAAUAGAGUUCCUAGCGGAGACAGAAACAGAGGAAGAGGUCACAGUAAUGAGAGAAACAGAAACAGAGGUCUCAGUAGUGAAAGAGGCAGAAAUAGAGGUCUAAGUCCUGAAAGGAAGGGUGGGGACAUGGGAAGAAAUAGGGGCCCUAGCUGGGAGCGUAACAGAAACAGAGGAUCGAGUCGUGAUAGGAAAGGUGGUGGAGACAGAGACAGAAACCGUCAUCGAGGCCUGAGUCAUGAGAGAAACAAGAACAGAGGACCGAGCACAGAACGAGGAAAAAGCAGAUGUCUGAGCCCAGAUAGGACAAGAAACAGGGGAAUGAGUCCUGGCAGGGGAAGAAUAAUCAGUCCAGAGCGGAAUAGGAAUCGUGGCCUAAGUCCAGAAAAGGCCAGGAACAGCAGAGGUACUAGUGCAGACCGUAACAGAAAUCGAGGACAUAGUAGUGACAGGAAAGGAGGUGGUGGUAGUGGCAGGAAUAGAGGUGGUAGUGGUGAAAGGAAACGUAAUCGAAGUGGAGAACGCAGAGGCCGUCGUCGAGGUGGUCGUGGAGUGAGCAGAGAGAGGAGGGCUGCUGCAGCCGAAUCAAAAGGAGCACCUUCAGGAUCGUCGGCAGCAGUUCCACCACCUUCACAUCCAAAUGUGGCUGGCAUAUUGAUACUGCCACCAGGAGAACAGACCCAGCCAGCAGGCCUGGUUCACCAUCAGCAGCAGUCUACAGUGCAGCAACAAACAGUUGGAACCUAUGUUGUCCCACAGCACAGGCAACUCUUUGAUCCAAGCAACCCUGGGAAGCCCAUUAUCGUGCCACGUACAAAUACUCGUUCUGCAAGGGACACAGAUGUUCCUUUGUCACCAGCAGGAUAUCCUGUAGGACAGGGGUUACCAAGCCCAUCUGUGGAUUAUGGUUACCCUAGUAUUUCACCAUUUAGUGAAUCUCCUUAUUGUACUGAACAACUUGGAAAUGCUAGGCCUUCAUGGUAUGGCCCAUACAGUGCGAGUUUCAGAACUGCUCGGGAUCCACCACUUAUUCUGGAUAUUGAGCGAGCAGACCUUGAACUGCAGUGGAUUAUCAGUUCAGGCAGUAUGUUAUCAAAAUGGAAUGAUAUCGCUUAUGUAAGGCAUUUUCUGCAGAAGAGCUUGAAAACAUUGUUGGAGACAGACAUAAAGUUCUGCCAGACUGAAAAUGUUGAGCAACAUAUGUGGAAGAUAACUUUCUACAACAUAAUUGAGCUCCUGCGCAAAAAAAUGCUUGAAGAUCCAGACAACAAAGAGAAAUAUAAACAUCUGAUGUUGAACAUAAUUGAAGAGGGUACAGCUUAUUUUGAGCGACUACUUCUAACGCUGGAACAGACUUACAAAUUUAGUUUGGAUUCAUUUCUUGCAUCUACCAGUUUAUCAACGAAAGGACUUGGUUUCAUUGGCUUGGCUUUAAUUGCCUCCCAGAAGAUUUUCCUAUAUUUAGGAGACUUAGCUCGAUAUAAAGAGCAAAUUAAUGAAACAUCAAAUUUUGGGAAGUCUAGACAGUAUUAUAUCCGAGCACACCAAAUAAAUCCAAAGAAUGGCCGCCCAUAUAACCAGUUAGCUAUCUUGGCUGUCUAUGCUAGAAGAAAGUUAGAUGCAGUGUACUACUAUAUGCGAAGUUUGAUGGCCUCCAAUCCUGUACAGUCUGCAAGGGAGAGCUUGCUUUCUCUCUUUGAUGAAAAUCGUAAGAAGUUUGAGCAAACUGAGCGCCGUAGACGAGAAGAACGUGAGCAGAAACAGCGUGAGCGUAUGAAAGAAAAGGAAGGAGCUGGUAUACGGCGAGAAGUUUGGAUUCAUCCAGAAGGACGUCGUCGUCGUGUCCAUGUGACUACUUCUGCAGGCAAUAGUUGUGGUCUUGUACCUGACAGUGAGGAAGAGGAACUUGCUGCGCUUUCUAGUGUUGAGGUUAACAAGAGAUUUGUUAUUAGUUACCUGAAUGUGCAAGGAAAACUUUUCACCAAAGUUGGGAUGGAAACAUUCCAGGAAUCGGCAGUUCAGAUGUUGAGGGAGUUUCGAGCACUUUUACAGCAUUCUCCAGUACCACUCAAUGCCAAUAGGUUCCUACAGUUGCUGGCGCUCAAUAUGUUUGCAAUUGAAAACACACAGCUCAAAGAUUCCCAGUUGGAGCCAGGCUAUCGACCAGCUGUACAAGAGAGUGCACUGGUUGUAUCACUGGAAAUGUUUAGCCUCAUACUAGAGAAAUGCAUUGACCUUCUGCGAGAUGUGGAUGGUGCGGGUGGUGCUGGUGCUGGUGCUGGUACUGUUGGUGGUGGCGCUAGCCGACUUGUCUCCAGUGAGGACUUACAGAUCUUGUUGCCUGCUGUGAAGGUCUGGUGUGACUGGCUGCUGUGCCAUAGUGCAGUGUGGAACCCUCCACCAUGUUGCUCUGACUAUCGAGUUGGCCCAGGGGGUGAUGCUUGGAGCAGAGUAGCAACACUAGUCAACAUGUUAGAACGUUUGAGGCUUCCACAUGUUGAGCUUGUACAGAACCCAUGUGAAGGGUAUGAAAUGGUGAAACUUCCUGAAGAUGCUACCUUAAGUGGCUUCACUCCUUUAAUGUACAAUGUACCUGAGAACUAUUAUACUCCCAAUGACACGGACAUGGAAAUGGCACAAGUUGUGCUUAGGAUUCAGAGAAUAGUAUUCUUUGGCUCAGAGUUUCUCUGUGGUGUUGAUCCUCCUGUACUGAAGCUUCAGAAGAUCGAUGGGGAAACCAGUGAAUAUGUGUCCGUUGUAGACACAUUGGGUUCUGGUACCCUAUUGACUGGGGCGCAGCUGACACCUGACUUGCGAAUGGAAAGCUUCAGUGAUGACGAGGAUGAUGAAGAUGGGGCUGCUGCAGCUACUGGUGACUCAGAUGUAUCAUUGAAUAGCGUGAGUCAAGAUAUGAGGAACUUGCUGAAUCGCAAAGAGCAACUAGAGAGGGAUUCUUACAGUCAGCAGCAGUAUCGCCAGUAUGUUCAGGCAAUAUUGCGGGAUGCUGUGGUACUGGUGGAAAUAGAAGUGAAGCCACAUUAUCUGGUUCCUGACACUAACUGCUUUAUUGACUACUUGCCCUUACUGCAGAAAAUUGCACAGACAAUGUCUAAUCUAAAGCAUCUGUACAUGUUAAUGAUACCAUUGGUUGUUCUUCAGGAGUUGGAGGGAUUAGCACGAGGUGGUCCAAGAGGUGAUCUUCCAGCAGAACAUGUGGCACGUGUAGCGGAGGCAGCACGUACUGCUCUAUCGUACAUUAGGAGCAGACCAGGGGGUGUCAGAUGCGUUACUAGCCAAGGAAAUGUACUUGUAUCAGCUGCCUUCACGGAUGAACAGGACAGUGUGCAAGAUAAAAGAAAUGAUGACCGAAUUCUGGCAACAACAUUAAGCUUAUGUCGAAAUUCAGACAAGGAAGAAUGUAAGCCAGGUGAGACAAGGCGACUGUACCGGGAGGUAGUGUUAUUGACAGAGGACCGCAACCUACGCGUGAAGGCGCUGGGGCUGGACGUGCCGGUGCGCGAGGUGCCUGACUUCGUGCGGUGGGCGGGACUGGGCUGAACCCCCACCCUCACUCACACACAAACAGGUCCCACCGCCAAAGGCCGCAGCUGCUAAUGCCGCGGUCCGACUUGCCCAGCAAGCAGCCGUAUGUUGCGCAGUCAGCAAUGAUGCUGUGAGGGGGGGUGCCAUAAUGUCUCCAGACUCAGCCAGCCCAACAUGCGGCUGUCUCAUUUUUUGGUACAAAAGCCUUGAGGUACAUCAUUUCUCACUAAACACAUUGAAAUUUGAUUUAGACUAAUGUCGUUACCUCUGCGUGCAUAUCGUGUACUGUACUGAUAGUAAUGCAUGCUCUGCUGUAUGUUGACCAGUAAUGUAUUUGUAUAUUUUAUUAUGUUUGGUUGUGAAAUGUAUCACAUUCCCACCAAAUCAAAGGAUAAGUCUAUACAUUGUAUGGUGUGUGUGACUUGGCAACGAAGUUGUUCCAUUGUGGUGAAGUUAUUGGCUGUUUCUUGUUAGUGAGUCCAUUGUUAUUUAAGAUGUCUGCACUGUCUCAUUUUCUUUUAAUAAAGCUCUCUGCGUGUCAGGGUAUGUAAAUGUCAUGUACUUAUUUAUUGAUUUUUAUAUUUAUGUGUUUUACUAUCACUCUGGUUGAAUUUUUGUUUGUCGGGUGUAGGAUUUUGUUAAAACUGUUUAGUAAGUGGUUCACAUUAAAAAUUGUGCAAGUUGGUGCAGUGAUCAGAAGUGUGUAGCAAUGGCUUGUAGAAUUUUGUUGUGCAAGUGUGCUGGCCUUUCGUGUACUUAUAUUUAAUACCUUUAACGUGUGUGUGAGUGGGAUUUGUUUGUAAGAAGUUGCCAUUAAGCCAAUGUAGAUACUUUGUUCAACAAUAAAGUGAAUAUUUUAUAGACUUAGUGUAUAAAGUCAUAAUACUACUGUUAUGAAAUUGUCUCAGGAAAUGGAAAUGGCAUUUCAGAGAAUAUGAUUAUUGAUGAAUGUGAGGCGAUCAAUGCUCAAUGAUGAAAUUGAAAAUAUUGGUUUAUUUUCAGUGUUCGAUCUAUCACAUAGGGAUACCAUUACAAGAUUGUAAAAUUAAUUGUUCAUGUACACAGUAUAAUGCUGUAAAUGUGGGUAUAUAAAUAUUGCAUGUUUAAAGGUUUCUUAUGUUUCUAAUUUUAUUCAUGUCUCAAGAUUAUCAUGUAUCCAAACAAUCAUAUUGGAAAAAUUUAUUAUGCCUGAUUUCAUAUAAAAAAAAAAGGUGUUCUGUCGUUCGUGAUUGAUCUAUAUUAAGUCACAAGAGUAUUUUUAUAACUGAUGUUUUGUCAGUGAGAAUCUUAAAGCAUAUGUGAUCAGUGUAAAUAAUAGUAGCAAACCUGUUCAAUUAAUUAUUUUUGUUGUAAUUAAAAUAUAAUUACAGUUGUUUUCUGGUGCCAGAUAUAACCAUUCUGGCAGUAGAAAAUUCCUUAUAAUAAAUGAAAUGUUUUGGAUACCUACUUCUACUACAUAAAUGUCUUAGUUAUUUAGUCUUUAUCUUUCUUUCUUUCUUUCUUUC